GUUUGCCCUCAUAUAGAGGCCACUGAUCAUCCAGCCUCUCACUGGAACACACACUGGCGCGAACGUUAGAGGACCAUAAACAUGGAGUUUAUUUCAUUUGAUAUGUUUGACAACAAUACCGACAAUACCUCUGAGGAGUCUGGAGACUUUGACAUCGACUUCCAGGAGCCAUGUGUCGGUGCACAAAGCAACACCUUUAACAGGAUCUUCCUGCCCACAGUUUAUGGAAUUAUCUUUAUCCUGGGUAUCGUUGGAAACGGAUUAGUUGUUGUUGUUAUUGGCUUCCAGAAAAAGGUGAAAACAAUGACAGACAAGUACCGGCUCCAUCUCUCUGUUGCUGAUCUGAUGUUCGUCCUCACGCUUCCUUUCUGGGCUGUUGAUGCAGCGAGCGCCUGGUACUUCAGAGGUUUUCUCUGUGUCUUUGUUCACUUGAUCUACACAGUCAACCUGUACAGCAGCGUGUUGAUUCUGGCCUUUAUCAGUCUAGACAGGUACCUGGCAGUUGUUAAAGCCACCAACAGCCAACCCACAAGAAAGCUGCUUGCAAGCAGAGUGAUCUAUGUGGGUGUCUGGCUGCCUGCAGCUGUGCUGACUGUUCCUGACCUGGUGUUUGCAAGAGUUCGAGACACAGGGUCUUCAAACUUCCUCUUCACAGAUGAAAGCAUGCAGACCUCAGACUCUAGGAUCAUUUGCCAACGCAUCUACCCACAAGAAAGCAGUCUGAUAUGGACUGUUGUUUUUCGUUUUCAGCACAUUCUAGUUGGCUUCAUACUUCCUGGCCUGGUCAUCCUCAUCUGUUACUGCAUCAUCAUUGCCAAGCUAUCGGAGGGAACCAAGGGCCACGCCCUGAAGAAGAAAGCAUUAAAGACCACAGUCAUCUUGAUUUUGUGUUUCUUCUCUUGCUGGCUUCCUUACUGUAUCGGCAUCUUUUUGGACACCCUCAUAAUGCUAAACGUGGUCUCUUCUUCAUGUGAACUGCAACAAGCUGUGGACAAGUGGAUAUCUAUUACAGAGGCACUGGCAUAUUUCCAUUGCUGCCUAAACCCAAUCCUCUAUGCUUUCUUGGGAGUAAAGUUCAAGAAGUCAGCAAGGAGUGCACUAACAGUGAGCAGCAGGUCCAGUCAGAGAGUGACUCUCAUGACAAAAAAAAGAGGACCAAUUUCAUCUGUGUCAACUGAGUCUGAGUCCUCAAGUGUUUUGUCAAGUUAGAAAAAUACAGAACACAUGACUUUGUCCUCUUGGUAAAUAAAUGUAAAGAAAUGCUUUGAAAGAAAUUGCAUUGAUUUUCUUAUACAAAAAGAAAAGAAAAAUACAUAAGAAUAGUGUACAUUUUUAUUUUUGCCCCAUACCGUAUUUAUUUGAUAAGUGGGUUUUUGUGUUUUUCUUAUGAACGUGUAUAUUUCAUGUUUCCUUUUCAUCUUUGGAAUCUAUAUAGCUUUAUGAAAGCUCAUGCAUACAAAUUUCCUUUUCUGUUUUCAGGGAAGGUAGCUGCUCUUGGAAACCUUUUAACAGUUUUAUCACAAUUUUACCUUUGCACUUAAAUUGUAUAAUUAUCAGGUUUUUAUUUAUUUGCAUUUUUUGUAUUACAUUUACACUGGAAGCUUGAAAAAAUCUUGCUGCUUUUUUGAAAACCAUUUUAAUUUCUUCUAAUUAAUUUCUGUACAAAUAAA